AUGACAAAGUCACUUCUUUGGGUUUCUUUUGCAUCCAGCAUCUUAAGCGUGCACCAUGGUUACUUUAUCUGGAUAGUUUAUUCACCUGGUGUGCUCUUGCGAGAAUAUUAUAACCCCAUAACUUUCCAAGUGAUUACUCAUCCAAAGUUUAAAUUACUUGAGUUGGCAAUCAUUGUUUCUAUAAUCCCACUUGGAGGUAUAUUUGCCUCAGUGAUGGCUGGGUUUUUGGCUGAUAUCCUUGGCAGGAAAGGCUGUUUGGUGGUAGCUAAUAUUACAGCAAUUACUUCUGCGGUCUUGAUGAGUGGUAAAUAUAUUGUACAAGACAUUGAAUUCACCUUUUUUAGUACCUUGUUCAUUGGAUUAUCUGCAGGUUUCAUUUUAGGUAUUGUUCCCUUAUAUGUGGGUGAAAUAGCCCCAAGGAAGUACAGAGGAGUCAUUAUUUUUGUACACCAGUUCUGUUUAAAUAUCGGCAUCCUGAUAGCUCAGAUCCUUGCAAUAAAGGAAAUUCUAGGGAACAGCACAGGUUUGCCUGCACUGAUGGCUAUGGGAGGAAUUCUACCCUUGAUUCAACUAUUUCUACUGCCCUUCAUACCUGAAACUCCAAGAUACUUAAUGAUUCAUAAGAAAAACGAACAGCAAGCAAGAAAAGUCCUGAAGAUGCUAAGAGAGACAGAUGAUGUGGAAGAUGAAAUUACAGAACUGUAUCAGGAGGAUCUCGCUGAGGGUAAUAACAAAGACAUGACUCCACUGAAAUUAAUCAGGACUCCAAAUAUGCAGUUGCAAAUCAUCACUAUAGUUGUUGUGGUGGCCGGUGCACAGCUCAGUGGCAUAAGUUUGGCAUAUUUUUCUACAGAACGCAUUUUCUUGAUGAUGAUUGAUCGCAGCAACCUGAAGUACUUAAAUUCUGGAGCAAUCAUUAUUAUGACCUGCUCUGUUCUAUUAGGGAUGUACCUGGUUGAUUCUGUGGGACGACGUCCCCUUCUUCUUGCGAGUUUCGCAGCACCCCUUCCGCACAUACUUACAUUGGAGAUGUUCUCUCAGUCGUCAAGAGCUUCGGCCUUUGUGAUUUCGGGCUCUGUGUUCUGGAGUAUAAGCUUUAUCACAGGACUAUCAUUCUACUACAUAGAGAUACAAUUUGGCAACUACAGCUCUAUCCUCUUCUGGCCCUUCUGUAUAGCAACCCUUGUAUACAUCUACAAAAUGAUUCCAGAGACCAUGAUGCAAACUUUCCCUGACAUCAAGAGAGUCAUGUCAAUCAAGACAGCCAGGAGGUUCCGUUCUAGAGAGUCCAGGAGAAAACUGAACCUCAAAAGAUCUGUCUGA